AUGUCAGCACUUAAUACCCUUUCGAACGGACAGAAAGCACAGUUGAGGAAUGCGUUCACCUUAAUAGACGGGGAAUCACGAGACUCCAGCAUCACCAAAGCAGAUUUAAUAUCGUUAUAUAAGACAUUAGAAUUGAAAGUGCCGGAUGAUGAUAGCUUGAAAGAGAUGCUAACCAUUGAUGGAGAAUAUAAGGAGACCGGGGUUAAUUUCACCCAAUUUUCCAAUAUAAUGGCUAAAGAAUUACAAAAAUAUGACGAUAGAAUGACCAUAUAUAAUGCAUUAAAAGUAUUUCUGAUUGAUUCACAUAAUCAUGAGUUAGUAAUUGAUGUUGAAGUUUUGAAAGAAGCCUGUUGUUCGGUUCAACUAGGAGAACUUGGUUCUGGUGACAAUCGAUUAUCGAGACAGGCAUUUGACCAGUUAGUGGAAGGAUUUGUUAAAGAACAGAUUGAUGGAACCAAAUUAUUCACUGCUUCCAAAUGGUUAGAUGCUUACAUUGAUUAA